AUGCAAAACCACAAUUCAACCGCGUCUGCCUAUAUUCGACCGGGUACACCAGGAGAUGUGGUCAACCUCUGCAUUGGUGGACGCCUGUUCAUAACUCGAAGAGCCACGCUUUAUCGAUUGCCGGACAGCCGCCUCUAUAUGAUAGCGACACAAGGAGAAGAGGCAGCUAGAUCUGCCUUACAAAAGCAGGACUAUCGAUCCCAAUUAUCAUCAGACAGUCAGUAUAUGGGCGAAUACACCGUAGGAGGAGCAACCCUUCUACCGAACAAUGUCGCUGCCUCCCUAUUUGGGAAUAAAGAACUGAUCUCAGCUGCGGCUGUCUGUAGGAACCAGAUCUACAAUACUUCUCCCAUUGAAAGUCACUCAAAUCGAAUGAUGGACAAUAACCAGAUCUAUUCAGGAAGUGGACAGAAUGAUAAGAACUCAGUGGCACCGCAACCAGUCUACUUCUUUGACCGAGAUCCGGAAAUUUUCAGAUUCGUAUUGGAUUAUUAUCGAACCGGUGAGCUUCAUCUUCCCACGAAUAUCUGUGGACCAUUUGUUCGGAAGGAAUUGAUCUUUUGGGGAAUAGAUGAGUCACUAAUUGACCCCUGUUGCAUGCCGGCGUAUAUGCGGUAUGAUGAAGAAAAACGGACCAAGAAAACCCUCUUCAGGGAUUGCUUCGAGGAUAUUGAUUCUAUGAAAAAUUUGGUCAAAUUUUCCAGAGGUUGGAAGAAGUGGCGAUACCGAAUGUGGCUUUUUAUGGAUCAUCCCACGUCUUCAUUUGCUGCUCAGGUAAGUCUUUUUUCCUGCUAUUGA